CAAGUAUCACAGCCCACUGCACUAUUCUACAUUGAAUAUAUCAAUCACUUUGACCACUUCUUUUCAAGCAUUUAUAUCCAUUAUUAACUCUAUUAUAUCUUCACAAUUCACAAUGUUAUUAGCACCCAUGUCAUUAGAAUCUUUCUCAUAAACUAAUUGUCCUUGUGGGUCCCAUCUUUUCUUGUCUCUUCUCUUCACCCUGAUCUGGGUGUGUAUCAAAAUCUCAUAAUACCCAUUUGUGAUAAUGUUCAAAGCUUUUCAAAAUUGUUAGUUCAUUUGGCACAAAACAAUCAUUAACACCGCAAAUAACAGUUGGCUGAAGCUGUUGGCUGAUUUACUGGACGAUAAGUCAGUUGUUUAAGUCGGCUAAUCUGGGUGUGUAUCCAAAUCUCAUAAUACCCAUCUAUGAUAUGUUCAAACCUUUUCAAUCUUGUUCAUUUGGCACAAAACAAUCAUUAAUACCACAAAUAACCGUUGGCAAAAGCUGUUGGCUGAUUCACUGGCCGAUAAGUCAGUUGUUUAAGUCGGCUGAUAACAAGCUAAUGAUGAACAGAAGUAUGAAUGUGCAUUCUCUUAGCAUCAAAACAAUGGUGAAUGAUUGCAAAACUCAACAAUCUUCUGAAUAUAAUUCACCAUGUCUAAUAUCUCCUCCAUCUUCUAAAUUUGUCUCAGCUAAUCAAUCUCCUUAUAUUUCUCCAAGAACAUUGAAUCCAAAUUCUCUUCAUAAUGAUCAGGAACCACUGCAGACUGAUCUUCCUCUUCAUGUAAGCCUCCCAGUAAGCUCUUAUUCUCAAUCUGAGGACAUUCCUUGCAGUUCUUACACUCCUGUAGUUCUAGAAACUUCUGAUUUUGAUUUCUCAGAUGAUGGAAAUCUAAAACUUGUGGGUCCUAAUCUAUCAGAACCCAUCACUAAUACUUCCACAGGAACAAAUAUUUUACCUAGAAUCUCAUUUUCAUCCCAAGUUCCUAGACUUUCCUUGGCUAGACCAUCUGCACUUAAUGCUAAGUUAAGAAGCUGUGAUGUGUUUAUAGGGUAUCACGGGCAUGAUACGAAUCUUGCCCGAUACUGUAAGUGGCUUAAGUCGGAGCUCGAGCUCCAAGGCAUUGCGUGUUUUCUUGCUGAUAGAGCAAGGUAUGCAGACACUCAGAGUCAUGAGAUUGCUGAUAGGGUUAUUUGCUCGGUCAGUUUUGGGAUUGUUGUGAUCACAACUACUAGUUUGAAUAACCCUUUUAGUAUGGAGGAGGUUAGAUUCUUUGCACAUAAGAAAAACUUGAUCCCCAUGUUUUUUGACUCGAAAUCUAUGGAGGUUGUUGUUGCUCGUAUUGGUGACAAGUCUGACGACAAAGAGUAUAGUGAGGCGAUUGAAGGGAUACUAAAAUACCAUCAUGAGUUGAAACUUGAAGCUAAGGAUGGUGAUUGGAGGAGUUGUAUCUUUAAAGCUACCGGCUUAUUGCGUUCGAAGCUAGGACGACAGAGUGUCGCUACUAAGGAUUUGCGAAAAGAAGGGUUAGUGAUGGAGUUACCGUUCCCUAGGAAUCCGAAGUUUGUAGGGAGACAUGAAGAAAUGAGGAAGAUGGAAGAUGCGUUUUUUGGCAAUAGAGAGUUGUUUUCUCUUUCGAUUUCUGGGAGAAAAUGUGAAGAAUUUUCAGACGAGAAGGAAACUGAUAGGGAAAAGAGGCAUAAGUACAAGAAAUCUCGAAGUGGAAAGGAAAAUAGGCCAACGAGUAGUGUAAUCUGUAUAAGUGGACUUCUGGGUGUUGGCAAAACGGAACUUGCUUUAGAAUUUGCCUACAAAUAUUCCCAUAGAUACAAAAGGGUGCUUUGGGUUGGUGGUGAAGCUAGGUAUCUAAGGCAAAACAUACUGAAUCUCUCGAUGAAUCUUGGGAUGGAUGUAAGUGCUGAUCCCGAGAAGGACAGAGGCAGAAUUCGAAACUUCGAGGAACAAGAAUACGAAGCGUUUAAGAGGAUAAAACGAGAGUUGUUUCGAGACAUUCCAUAUUUGAUCAUCAUAGACUAUCUGGAGACCGAGAAUGAAUGGUGGGAAGGCAAGGAUUUGCACGAUUUCAUCCCUAGAAGCACCGGAGGAACUCAUGUUAUUAUCACAACGAAUUUGUCUAAGGUAAUGAAUUUUGAUGUAAUUUACCUUGAUACAAUGCCUUUAUCUGAUGCAAUGAUGCUUUUACGAGGAAAACGAACAACGAAAGAGUAUCCUGACGAGGAAUACGAAUGUCUAAAGAAGUUCGAGGAAAAGUUAGGAAGAUCAACAUUGGGUAUGUCACUUGUCGAUUCACUAUUAACCGAGCUUUCUAUUACUCCGUCUGUUCUUUUUGAGCUUGUUCAAGAGAUUACAUUACAAGAUAUGCCUAAUUCUGCUUAUUGUGAAAAGCCUUUCUUGAUGAAAAUGUUGGGAUUUUGCCUUUCGAUCUUGGAUAAAACCGCUCUUAAGAAGAACUGUUUAGCCUCGAGAAUGGUUCUUGUUGGUGCAUGGUUUUCCCCAUCACCAAUAUCAGCAAAUUUACUAAUCACAGCAGCACAGCAUAUACCUGUUGCACACAAUAAGCUGCAGAAAUGGACUGAAUGUCUACACUUAGGAUCGUUUCUCUAUGGUUGUUCGUUUAUGGCUAGAACAUGGAAGAAAACCGAAGAAGAAUAUGCCCUUCUUCUAGUAAGACUCGGAUUAGCUAGAAAAGUCAUGUAUCAGUCGGGAUUAUGGAUACAGUUCCAUCCGAUUACCAGAAUAUUCGCGAGAACAAGAACAACCGAAGCAGAACGAACCAUCCAAGCAACAAUAUUUGCCACAAUGAAACUAGGACAACCAUUGCUAGACAUUGAUCAUUUUUGGGCUAAUGCAUUUGUUGUUUUUGGGUUCAAAUCGGAACCUCCUUUACUCAAGCUAAAACCAAUCGAAACCGUUCAAUUCAUCAAGAAAACUGCAAUCCCAUUAGCCCUUUCAUCAUUCACAACAUUUUCGAGGUGUAAUUCUUCCUUAGAACUACUCAAAGUUUCGACAAAUUUACUUGAAGAUUUAGAGAAAUCAUUUGUUACCCAAGUUAAGGAUUGGCAUAAUGGAUCAUUUUGUUGGAAAAAGAACUUGAAGAUCAAGUCUAAUAAGAAAGUGGAUGAGUAUGUAUGGGAAGAAGUGACUUUACUUAAAGCUACAUUGCUUGAAACUAGAGCUAAAUUGUUGCUUAGAGGUGGGUAUUUUGAUUGUGCUGAGGAACUUUGUAGAACUUGUAUAAGUAUUAGGACUGUUCUGUUAGGGCAUAAUCACGCACAAACUUUGAUUGCUCAAGAGACUUUGGCUAAGUUGGUUAGAUUAAGGAGUAGAAUUUGAGUAAUGGGUUAAAACAAAAAUAUUUAUCCUACAUUAGAUUUUAGUUUUGUUCAUAAUGUAAUUCUAGCUAGGUCCUAUUUUCAAUCUUAUUUCUAGAUUAUAGUUCCACACAACUGUUUUUGAACCAAUUUUAUUCUUAGAUCUUAGUUUUUAAUUUGUUUUGUUGAUACACCCAAUUGUUAAUCUUUCAGUCCAUUUCAUUUGCACCUGUGUUUUACUUAGUAUUGGAAUUCAGAGCAUGUUAGGAGUUAGGACAUAUCCUUUGUACUAUGAAUAUAGUGGGUCAAACAAGUAUUAAAGCUUAAUAUUCACUUGUAAAUAAUUCACUUUUGUGUAGGAAAACUUUGUUUUAUGAAGUAGACUACUAUUCUGUAAGAUAUGUUUCUUUAGAUUAUAACUCAUACUUUAUCGGUUAUUAAGUAUGAAACAUAGGGAUGAAAGCCUACUUAUAAGUUAUAACCCUAUAAAUAGUUAGAUUA